AUGACUCAUGGUAUUUUGAUUUAGUAAUUUAGUACUUUACUUUGGAGUAGGAGAUUUUGCUUUAUAAAUGUAGACAAUAAUGAAUGAUAAUUAAAAGUAAUUAUUUAUUAGUUAUUCAGAUUGCAAAGAAUUGUGUUUCCAUAAAAUAAAUAUUCUAGAGAUCCAGCUAAAACAUCAAAAAAGGGAGAGUAAGAGUUGUGUUUUAUAAGUGUAAUUUGUUGUGAAUAAAAUACAUUCCUGAUAGAUUGUACUAUUAUAAUAUAAAGUAGCAUAAUAUGAUCUUUGGGGGUUUGGAAAUUCUUAAUUUGCAUAAUUAGGUUUAUAACAACCUUCUGUUUGUAUGCCUGUAAAUAUAUCAUAAAUAACUUAAAAUUCUUAUAAAUUAGUAAAUGCUGGAACUGGCUUUGUUGUUGCUUACUCAACAAAUAAAAAGAUCUAUGUUUGGGGUAAUUGGCAUUAAUUAAAUUAUGGAGAAGUCUUAAAGCUUUCAGAGAAAUAAGGUUUUACAGAAUAAAUUGACACAUUUUAUUAAAUAAGCAGUUUAGAUAUUACCUAUAAUUUUUCAAUCAAUAGAUACAAUGAAUAUGAAAGAAGAUCUAGUCAUUUGCCUGUUCAUUAAGCUGAAGUUGUAGCAUUAAAAUGUGUAGGCACAAUAACUUAUCUUUUAACUCCAAAUAAAUUAUUUUGUUUGGGAUUGCAAUAACAAUUUACAGUAUAAUUUAUAGGAAUUGCUUGUGGUUAGAAGCAUAUACUGGCUUGGGAUGAUUAGGGUAAAGUAUGGAGUUGGGGAGAAUUUGCUGAUGGGAAGUUAGGUUAUAUGGAUUUUAUAUAGAAGGAACAAUUAAUUCCAAAAUUAAUUGAAGAUUUUUCAACAAAAAUAGUAUCUUGUGCAUGUGGUUCUAAUUAUAGUAUAGCACUUGAUGUAAAAGGAGAUAUUUAUGGAUGGGGUAAAGGACCAUUUUAGAUGGAUUUAUCUAAAGCUGUUAUACCAGCUAAACUUUGUUAAAAACAAAAACCAUUCAUUAAAAUAAUGGCUGGUGAUUCACAUUUUGGAGCAUUAGAUUUAUCAGGUUAAUUAUAUGGAUGGGGAAUAAAUACAAAAAAUUGUUUAGGAGAUUUAGGUGAUAAAGUUAGGUAUCCUUAAUUGUUAGAAUUAAAGAAUGUCAAAGUAAUUGAUGCAGCUAUGGGUAAUACUUUUACUGUUCUUAUUGUUCCAGCUAAUUCAAAAUAUAAAUUACCAAGUUUAAAUGUUGAUUAAUAUACUUCACAUUAAUAGAAAAGAGUUAGAGAGGAAGCUGCAUUUAUGAAAGAUUUUGCUGAUAAAAAAAAUAAGAUUGAUUAAAUAUAGGCUUAAACUUAGAUUCAAUAAUUUUGUGAUAAUCUAGAAUCACCUUUGAAAAAUACAUAAUAUGAAUAAACAGCAGGUUUAUUAAGGAAGAUGAAAAGUUAAGUUGAUUCUUUAAAAGGUGCACCUAAAAAUAAAUGGAAUACUAAAUCUUUAAGAUUAGAUACUGAUAUAAUUAAUUAUCAUACUUAAGUAAAUUAAGAUUAUGAUGAUGUGUAAUCCAAAUUAAAAUAAUUAGAAUAUUAAAAUUAUCUUUAUAUACCAGUAUGCAAUACUUCUACUCCAACAUCAUAAACUUGGGAAUAGCAUUAAGAUAUAGAUUAAUUAUUAAGUCAUGAAAAUGAUGUUUUGAAGUAUUAAUACAUUCUAAUGGUUAAGUCUUAAGAUGAAUCUAAAUUUAUGAAGACAUUAUUAAAUGAUAAUAAUAAAUAAUCAUUUGAAAAUCAAAAUAAUUUAUAAAUACAUCCUAGAUCUUCUAAAAAUAGAAGUGAUGAAUUAAAUUAAAGUGAUAAAAAGAAGUAUCAUGAUAAAUUUGAUCAAUUUGAUCCAUAUUUUCUUCAUAAUGUAAAAAGAGAUUUAAAAUAAUUAUCAUAAAAGAGAAAAGAAAUAUUUUUAAAGAAAUAAAAAUUAAGAGAAGAACUUAAUAAAGAAAUAACUGAGAAAAUGUAAUUAAAGAAGGUUCCAAUUUAAAAUAAAGAAGACAUUAUUAAGGCUAUUUAAACAUAAGCAUAUGAAAGAGAAAUGAAAUUAAGAAUUGUAUAAUAAAAAAAAUAAUGUAAUUUUGUAGAGAAAAUUCAUCAUAUUUAAUAAUAAAUAUAAGAGAAAUCUCCAGAAUUUAGAUACAAAAAAAGAUUAGAAAUUAUAAGAUAAUAAUAAAAUAUAUAAUUUUUUAGGAUGAUUUUGACUUAUUUAAAUAUGGAAAAUAUUUAUUAAAUGAUGUAAGAUACAUCUUAAAGAGGUUUAGAAUUGAAAAGAUUAAUGUUUAAAGAACAUAUGAAAGCAAGAGUAAUAUAAAAUACAAUUAGAAAAAGAAAUAUAAUAAAAAAAAUUAAAUAGAAAUUAGGUUUAAGAUAAAAGAAAAUUUUAUUAUCAUUUAUAUUUAGAUUUAAAAUUCAUUUUAGAAUUAAAUCUAAAUAUACUCAUAUAAGAAAAAUCAAUUUAUUUCAUUUAAGAAGUUCCUUAUUUUUAAAAUUUCGAAUUAAUUUAAAGACUAUUGUAAAUAAAACAUAAACAAUUUAAAGAUUUUGUAAAUGGUAUAAUCAUAAUUUUCAAGUUUAAUUAAGUUAUUUAAAUUAUAAAUGGGAUGAAUAUUUAAAAUAAAGUUUUAAAGGUUAAAUGACAGAAAAAGAUAGAGAAGAAUUAAAAUUACAUGAAUUACCUCAUUUAAUGGAAAAAUAAUAACAUAUAUUAUAAAAACUAAUUACUCCAUAAAAAUCAUAAAAUUGGAAUGAUUUAAAAUUAAAAAUUAAUCCAGUAUUUAAAGCAACUGAAUUGAGAACAAAUUUAUUAAAAAAAGUUAAAACUGUUGUAUAAAUAGAUGAAGAAAUUAAAGAUAUUGAUCCUAAAAUUAUAGGAAGAGUUUUACUACCAUAUACAAGAUAUAUAGAUAAUAUUGCUCUUAGUGUAGCAGCUAAAAUAAGAUUUGACUAUCAAAUGAUGAUAUAAUUAUAAGUUCAUGAAAAAGUAUACAUGGAAGAAUUAGUAGUCAAAUAUGAUAUUUUAAAAGAACAUCUUGAAAAAAUAAGAAGAGAAUAUACAAGAUAAAUGAGAGAUGUAAUCUAUCUAUUUAUUAAUUAAGUUUUAUAUAAAAUUAAAUGAUUAUAAAGAAACACAUAAACAAUAGAUAAAUACAGAUAGAGGAAAAUUAAUGAUUAGAUUUAAAGCUGAUGGACCUGAAAUUAAAUAAUUAAAGGCAAAGGAUGAUUAAGAAAUUAAAUAAAUCUUACAAAAAAGAGAACUUUCAAGAAGAAGAAAUGGAUUAAAUUCUGUAAUUUUUAAAGAUUUAAUUUUUAAUAAAAUUCGUCAAUUACCAUAAGAUUAAUAACCAUUUCCAAAUUUAAUAUUAAAAUUAGCAGAAAAUAUGUGUUCUGAUAUUAGACCAAAAUUUAAAUUGAGAUUAACUUAAAGUGAAUGGUCAAGGCUUUUUAAUUAAUAUCAAUUAGAAUUAAAAUAAAGAUAUCUUGCCAUUAUGAAUGAAGCAAGAAAAGCAGCAGCUCUCAGAACUAAACAUUUAAAGUAAAAUAAAUUGAUUAAAAAGAAAAGAAAUUAAAAGACAGAAUAAUGA